ACUACUACUCUGUCCUUUAAUAAUGGCUUCUUCGAGUACUAGUACUGGGUUUCUCUCGUACUUCUUCUUUUCUUUCUUAUUGCUCUGCUCGCUUUCGUUUUCUAUUGAUGUUUCGCAUGAUGGAAGAGCUAUCACGAUUAAUGGCGAACGCAAAAUCUUAAUAUCCGGUUCUAUCCAUUAUCCUCGAAGUACUCCUGAAAUGUGGCCAUCCUUGAUCAGAAAAGCAAAAGAGGGCGGCAUAGACACAAUUGAGACUUACAUUUUCUGGAGUGCCCACGAACCUCUAUAUCGUCAGUAUGAUUUCUCAGGAAAUCGUGACAUCGUAAGGUUUAUCAAAACCAUCCAAAAUGAAGGGCUUAAUGCCGUUCUUAGGAUUGGACCCUAUGUUUGUGCAGAGUGGAAUUACGGAGGAUUUCCUGUUUGGUUGCACAACAUUCCGGGCAUUGAGCUGAGGACAAACAAUCCUGCGUAUAUGAAUGAGAUGUCCAUUUUCACAACGAAAAUUGUGGACAUGAUGAUGCAUGAGAAUCUCUUUGCCUCACAAGGUGGACCCAUAAUUAUUGCUCAGAUUGAAAACGAGUUUGGGAACGUUAUGGGCCCGUAUGGAGAAGGUGGAAAAGAAUACAUUAAGUGGUGUGCUGAUUUGGCUGAAUCUUACGGCAUUGGUAUUCCAUGGAUUAUGUGUCAGCAGGCGGAUGCUCCACCUCCAAUGAUUAAUACUUGCAAUGGAUGGUAUUGUGACGAAUUCAAGCCUAACAGCCCCACGAGUCCUAAAAUGUGGACUGAGAAUUGGACUGGCUGGUUCAAGGGCUGGGGUCUGGCGGACCCACACAGAACUGCUGAAGAUGUUGCUUAUGCUGUUGCACGGUUUUUCCAAUUUGGUGGCACUUUCCAGAACUAUUACAUGUACCAUGGUGGCACAAAUUUUGGUCGCACAUCAGGGGGUCCAUAUAUCUCUACAUCGUAUGAUUACGAUGCACCAUUAGAUGAAUAUGGUAAUUUGAACCAGCCAAAGUGGGGACAUUUAAAACAACUCCAUGUCAUUCUUAAAUCGUUGGAGAAGGUUCUAACUUACGGUUCUGUGAAAAAUGUGGAAUAUGGAAUUAAUACGACGGUCACCACCUUCACUUUGGAAGGAAAAUCAAGCUGUUUCUUCGGAAAUAAGGAUGAUAAAGAAGAUGCAACCAUAAACUUCCAGAACAAUACGUAUACCAUACCAGCUUGGUCUGUUAGUAUACUUCCUGAUUGCCAUACUGAAGUGUACAACACUGCUAAGGUUAACACUCAAACAUCAAUAAUGGUGAAGAAGGAUAACGAUGGCAAUGACUACGAAGAACCUUACGGAUUGAAAUGGGAAUGGAGAAAAGAGAACCCUUCGCAUGUCAAGAGAAACGGUCUCGUUGAAGGUAGCCUAAUGGCUGCUGAACGACUCUUGGACCAAAAGGUUGUCACUAACGAUACCAGUGAUUAUCUCUGGUAUAUCACCAGUUUCCACGUCAAGAAGGACAACCCGCUUUAUGGUAGAGAGACAAUGCUAAGAGUGAAUACCAGUGGACAUAUAAUUCAUGCAUUCGUCAACAAAAGACAUGUUGGAUCUCAAUUUGCCGAAAAUGGAAAUUACAAAUUCACUUUUGAGAGAAAAAUCAAACUGAAGCUUGGGAGGAAUGACAUAGCCUUGCUUAGUGCCUCAGUUGGAUUGCCAAAUUAUGGCGCAAACUUUGAUUGGCCGCUUGGUAUUUCUGGCCCGGUUCAUGUGACUGCGAAAGUGAUAACAAAUGAGCUUAGCAGAAAAAUUAGUUCUAAGAAGAUAAUCACUCAGAAUAUUACAACAGAACUGGAUUACAAUAAAUGGACGUACAAGGUUGGGUUGCACGGAGAGCAACAGAAACUACACGAUCCUAGUGUCACACAUUACGGGAAGUGGUCUCAACGUGCUCUCCCGACAAAUGAGAUGUUUGUUUGGUACAAGACAACCUUUGCAGCUCCACUGGGGAGUGAUCCAGUGGUGGUGGAUUUGAGGGGUCUGGGCAAGGGACAGGCUUGGGUAAAUGGCCACAGCCUUGGAAGGUAUUGGCCAAGUUACCUUGCUAAAGAAGAUGGGUGUUCUCUUACAUCAUGUGACUAUCGUGGACCAUACAGUGACAAGAAGUGCAUGACUAAUUGUGGGAGAUCUUCUCAACGAUGGUACCAUGUGCCACGAUCUUUUCUCAAUGACGACGAGAACACAUUGAUUUUGUUUGAAGAGUUUGGAGGAAAUCCUUGGAACGUUAAAUUCCAGACAGUCACUGUUGGGAGCGCUUGUGCAAAUGCUUAUGAAGGGAACACCUUGGAAUUAUCAUGCCAAGGAGAAGGUGUUAUCUCCAGUGUCAGAUUUGCUAGUUUUGGUGAACCAGUGGGUGCUUGUGGUUCUUUCCAAGCUGGCCAAUGCGAGUCUCCUAAUGCUUUGUCGGUCAUCGAAAAGGCGUGUGUUGGCCAAAAUAGUUGCUCCAUUGAUGUCUCGGAAAGUAACCUUGGAUCUACUGGUUGCCAAGCAACGAAAAGGCUUGCCGUUGAAGUUGUUUGUUAAUAAUUCAUCUUUCCUAGCUAAGUCUAGAUUUUAUCGAUUCAUUGUCAGUCAGGUAGGAGCUAUGUACGUACACGUACAUUUAUU